AUGCAACAGCAGCAUAGGAAGCAGACGCAACCUAAGCUGCAGGAGCAGAUGCAGCAACAACAGCAGCAGUAUACAAAUCAGCAACAGCAGCAGCAACAGCAUCUUCAUCAUCAUCAGCAGCCCAACAACAACAAGCAGCAGCAGCAGCAGCAGCAGCAGCAGCAACAAACAGCAAAAACACCAAGCAACAACAAAAAGCAACAACAACAACAAGCACCAACAAAAACAAGCAACAAAAGCAACAGCAGCAGCAGCAGGGCAGCAGCAGUGGCGAAAUGA